UCCAGCAACAGCUUGCUUUCCUGUUGGGUAUUCAUCUUUCCGACUUAGCCUGUAAACUCGAAUUCGCAACAUGAAAUUCACCACCACGACCGCCUUUCUUGCUAGCGCCAUGGCCUACUUCGUUGCAUCCAAUGAGGUCAGCGCCGCUCCUCUAAGUCCUCUCGAUGUCUGGGACCCUACUAUCACUUCUCCCGUCACUGGGACAGUGUGGGUUAUCGGUACCGAAGUUAAUGUUACCUGGAGCACCGACAAUAUCCCCCCUGACGGUGUAUCUAAUGGCGGGCAUGUUUAUCUCGCCAAAGAAGAAGUCGAAGUGGUCUCGUUGAGUCCGACCUUUGACCUCGUUGCGGCCAAUGGAUCCUUUACCGUCACUGUUCCCGCUGUCGUUCCCGACGACGAUUACCAGAUAGUUCUUUUCGGUGAUUCCGGGAAUAUUGGACCUUCAUUCACCAUUGUUGCACCUUCUUCCUAAAGAAUGGAUGGAUAAUUACGGUUGACCUGCCGAUAUAUGAUGGAUCUGAGUAAUUGACAUUAGUUUUAUCGGAGAUUAGCGUUGUAUGAGUGCAUACUGAUUAUCGAUUGCUCAAUGCUGU